GUGAUGUCUGUCGGUACAGAGUGAGGAAUUCAGUGCUCUGCACCAAUAUCAUAUUACUUGGUCUCUCCGCAGACUACAAAAGGGAGAGCUGCUGUUCUCUCCUGUAUAUUGGGAUCUGGCUCCUGAUCCUCUACAAUCUGCAUUUUUGGAGCGUUCUCGUGCGGUGUGCAAUGGCAGACCACAUGAUGGCAAUGAAUCAUAGUCGGUUUCAAGAUGGAACAAAUGGUCUUCAUCACCCAGCCCAUAGGAUGGGGAUGGGUCAAUUUCCCAGUCCUCAUCAUCAUCAGCACACCUUUAACAGUCUAAUGGGAGAGCACAUGCACUAUGUACCAGGGAAUAUGAACUCUAACAAUAGCAUCAGACAUGCCAUGGUCACUGGGAAUGUAAAUGGCGGACAUCCAAAUGGCAGCAUAGCACCAGCAGCAAGAUUUAAUAAUUCACAAUUUAUGGGACCUCCUGUCACAAAUCAAGGGGCUCAACUGACUGCUAGCAUGCAGUUACAGAAGCUGAACAACCAAUAUUUUACACACCAGCCCUAUCCACACAACCAUUAUAUCCCGGAUUUGCACCCGACAAAUCAUCCGUUAAAUGGAACAAACCAGCAUUUUAAAGAGUGUAAUCCAAAGCACAGUACUGGCUUGCCUCCCUCAGUCAGCCACGUCCCUGCAGCAAUACUGCCUCCUGGUGUCAUAGAUACCGACUUCAUAGAUGAGGAAGUCCUUAUGUCCUUGGUGAUCGAAAUGGGUUUGGAUCGUAUAAAAGAACUACCUGAGCUUUGGCUUGGACAAAAUGAGUUUGAUUUUAUGACAGACUUUGUUUGCAAACAGCCCAACAGAGUAAGCUGUUAGGUGUGUAUAUUAAGAAGAUAAGAGACUUAGAACAUUCCUUUAUGGACACAGAACCUUUCUUCCAGAAUCUGUUACAAUCGUACAGGUUUUUUUCCCCCAUCACAUUUUCAUAACUAAGCCAAUAGUUUAUUGGUUUGUUUCUUGUUUAGCUCACUCACAUUUUUAAGAUUUCUUAUUUUCCAUGUUACUGCAACAACACCAUAUGAUAGAUACAGUCUUUGAUUGAAUGGGCCUUUAGAGGCAGAUUUUCUGCACUAACUCUGCCAUAUUGCUUCAUUUAAUCUAUGCAUUGCUGUGAACCAUUUCCCCCCCAUGUGUAUGCUAAACUGGAAGUUUAACAAACAUGGGCUAAGCCUUGCUGGAUCAGGAAAAGUCCUACUGCUUAUUUAAUUUGCCCAAUUUCCUCCUCCUUUCUCUUCUAGCAUGAUGAGAUUGGAGUAAUGUUGGUGAGACACUUUUUUUUUUUUUUACAUCCCUGAAAAUGUUUUGACACUUACCUAGUUGAUUUAGUUCAUGGGAAAAAUACUACUGUGUUAAAAGCUUUUUAGGAAAAAUUUGACAGUAUUUUUGUACAAAACAUUUUUUGAGAAAAUACUUGUUAAUUUAUUUUAAUUUGCCAAUGUCAAUAAAGAGAUGUAAAGUG